GAAUUGAAAGAAAUGAUUAGUGAAUUGCAAGUGAAGAAAAGCAAACGAAGAUGUACGUACAAAGAGUUCAUGGCAUGUAAUCCCUUACCAUACCAAGGGGAUGUUGAUCCGAUAGCUUGCCAAAGGUGGAUUUCAAGCACCGAAGCCGUGUUUACACGAAGUAGAUGUGAAGUGGAAGAUCAAGUAAUGUUUGCCACGGGCCUCCUACAAUCUCGAGCAAAAGAUUGGUGGGAUGCAUACUCGAAGGAAUUGGGGGAUGAUAAAGUACAGUUGUUAACAUGGCAAGAAUUCAAGGAGUCAUUCCUGAAAUAUUAUAGUCCACAAUCCGCAAUUGAUAAGAUUCAGGAAGACUUCUUGCGUCUCAGACAGAAGGAUGAAACGAUUGACGAGAUAACCAACAAGUUCCUUGAAAGGGUGAAGUUCUGUGAAGAGAUAGCGGGGACGGAGAGGCAAAGGAUUGUACGUUACCAUGCUAUGCUAAAGGCUGAAUAUCGAGAAUUUGUAAAUCCCUCCAAGUGUGCAACGUUGAAUGAACUAAUUGAUUGGGCAAGAGACAGAGAAAUUGAGAUAAAAAGGCAGGUUGAACGGGGAGAGAAAAGGGUAGCGGAGAAGCCUACCAACGCAAGCCCAUCGAAAAAGGCAAGAUAUCAAGAUCAAAGCAAGAAAGGGAAAGCAAGUAGUGAAAUUCCGACUUGCAAGACGUGUGGGAAGCAUCAUUCGGGUGAAUGUUUGUCAGGAAAGAAGGGGUGCUACAAAUGUGGACGUGAGGGACAUCCGUUUUAUAGGUGCCCCGAAAACCCUAAGGCGUGUUAUAAUUGUAAUGAAACGGGGCACAUUAAAGCGGAAUGCCCGAAACUCCAACAAGGGACAAAGAGAGAUGGAAGGAAGGACGAGCCCCCCAAGGCUCGCGGAAGGAUGUUUCAGUUAACCUCGGAAGAAGCUAAAGCUAGCCCGGACGUGGUUUCAGGCACAAAGAAGGAAGAAGGCGCGAGUCACUCAAAGGCACAAUCAUCACAAGAUCGCGGUAAAUCUCUUGCUUGAAUGCGGCGCGCCCGAACCGAACACACACACGAAAUGUCGACUCUAAGCGCUUCCGGUCUAAGUUGUUUGUUUGAUGGGUUAUCUUACCAUUUUGAUUAGUAAAUGUCAUUUUGUAUGUGUCUAGUUUGUUAGUAGAAAGUUUGGAUACUAAACUUGUGUAGCUUGUACAAAAGGUUCAUGGCGAACCAUAUACGGUUGUAAUUUUGAUUAUGUUGGUAAGUGUCGUAGUAUUAAUAGUAA